GUACACCCGGUUCUGGUCCGUCCCUUUCCCAUCACCAAGUUUUCUCCACACAGCAGCGGCUCCGAGCGAACAUGUGACGUUAACGUUCGUUACUCUCCCCAAAAGUGACGUCCACUGCUCCGCCUCGACGGCGAGUUCACUAGAAACUACACCAACCCGCUCAUUUCAUACUUGUAACCGCGCGGCAUGGUGUGCCGUACCAGGCCGGCGCAGACGGGCAGACGGCGAGUCCUGGUCCGGAUUGUAACCUUACCGAAAUGUUCCGGAGCGGCGCUGUUCACCAGCCGCUAACUGGGCUAGCAUCGGCUAGCCGUUACAGCAUCAUAACACACGAAAUCAUCUCGGAACGGGACCCCCACAGACCCCCGCGGUCUCCCGGGUAACGGGACUCCAGCUCAGGCAUCCGGUGUGUGUGUGUGUUAAUCCACUGUGGUCUGGACGGCAUUACGGAGGAAGAGGCAGCGUGAGGGCGACAUCUUUUUUUUUUUUUUUUUUGCACUGUGUGUAAUCGGCUUGUUACAUCGUUGCUCGGGGGGAACUUUUGUAACAAAUCCACCGGCUGCACGCUCGCCCCCGGUGCUCGUCCACACACCCGAACCGGAGAGCCGGAGUGACGUCACGGGGUUUGGAAGAGGGGCGUCGAUGCGCCUCUUUUUUUUUUAACGAGCGGCUCCACACACACAAACACACACACACACACACACACACACUCACACAUGCGCGCGCACGCCUUGUGUCGUGUCUGCCGAGUGGAGAGUGGGAUCCCACUUGCAGAGGCAGCGCAUGGAGGGUGUCACACGCAGCGCCCGGGACCGAGCGGGCGAUGACGGGGAUGCGAUGAGAGCCUUUGUGAGUUCGGGAGGAUUUCUCAACAAUGGGACGCUGACAGUUUACACGGAAGAAAUGUCCACAGCUGCAAGUCCAACCGUCCCCUCCUCACAGCUGACCUCGGAUCAGCUCACAGUGGUCGCUGCGUCCUUUUCUUCCCUGGUGUUCUUUGUGGUUAUUGUGGUGCUGCUGUCCAUUCUUUACCGCAACGAUGUUCAGUGCUGCAAACUCUGCUCCCAUCGGGGGCCACGUGCAGAUAUGGACGCUCCUCCUCAGUAUUACAGCAGCAGACAGACGCUGGUGGGAUCUCCUUGUCUCGAGCCGACUCAGAGCGUGGACGACAGCACUCAGCAGGCGGGUCAGCUGUUCUACGUCGGCCUGCCCUCCAGCUACGGCCUGCCCGCACUGGAAGCCCCCCUGCCGAGGCUCCCCUCCUACGAGAGCGUCCGAAAGAAGGACCGCCAGAGGCAGAUCCACAUGAUGAUCGCGGACCGCUUCGGCCUCAAUGCACCCAUUGUGACCGAGCCUCCGCCCACAUACGAAGAGAGCCUCCGCCACUCUGUGGAGCUGCCCUGCACCGUCCUGUCAUCCAUCCGGGAGGUCUCUCUUCCUCCCAGUGUCACCUCCAGCAGCAGCAGCAGCAGCAGCCGUGUUCUACCUGUGUAACAAAGCUGCGCCGCGAGACGGCUUUGUGUAGUGAGGAAGUCACCAAAAACAAAAAAGAAACACACACACACACACACACACGGCUUGUUGAAGACCGGAUCUCGACUGGAGGCCUCGUACGAGCUCAUCCGUUUAGCUCGAGACUCUUAAGUUCAAGAGGAGAUGCUGCGAGACGUGGGACGGAGAACCAACGAGGAGCAUCGGAGAAGGAGAGCUUCUCGCUCCGCUCCUCGGAAUGUUUAAAAACCCUCAACGACGCGUACUGGACUCUGAAUUUCAAACAAGGGAAUCACCGGGUACUCGUUUUUUUUCCCGAGGUGGCUGGUACACCUCGGAGGAGGAACGCCGUGUACUUCUUGAAACCAAAAAAAGGGAACCACUGCUUACUGUGUUGGUUAAAGUGUGAGUGAAGACCUUUCUACUCUUUCAUUGUGCUGUUCCUGAGGCAGGAGCCUCAUUGUCAGGUUGUUAUCAGACACCCAUUUGUUUGUGUGCCCUGCUGAAGAAAAGGUGCUGAUGAGAGUGCCUUUGUGAAGCUAUUAUAAGACAGAUGUUGUUGUUGUUGUUGUUUUUUACCACUUUUACCAUCUUUUUUUUUUUGCAUUGAUUUGUUCUGUUCUCUAAGGAGCAGCGUGAAGGGGAGUGAUUGUGAAAUAAAUACAAUAACAAGCCCCUCAGGAGGAUGAACCGAUCCCACUCUUUCAACCACGAUUCCAACGCUGGGGUUUUUGGUUGUCAUUGGAUACCGAGCACUGAUCCGAGGUCAGUGUUUCAAACGCUGCUUGUCUCACUGUGUGGGAGCGACUGGGAUCGUCCUUUUCAGGUGGAAGAGAACAUCAAGCUUGAGUUAAACGUUGCUUUCUUGACAAAACAAAAUAUAACAAAUACAUAAAUAUGAAUAUAUGAUAAUAAGAAUACCGGAUGUUACCUCUCUCACAGAAAACAAGCCAUCUGAUGUCAGUGUCACUGCAUCUCUUGUUCUUUGUCGAGACCUGACUUGAUUUUUCUUCAUCACAGGUUAUUCUUGUGCGACCCACCGUGCACAAACACCACAUGUUGGUCCUGCACAUGGUCUUGAACUGUAUUUAUUAAGGAGAUCAUGGCGACUGCACAAUAAUAUUUUUGAAAACAUGUGUAAUAAAUCAUUUGAUGUGUUGUAACUAUAGAGCAACAGAAAUGUAUAUGUAAUAGCAAUAUAAAGAUCCAAACACAGGGAGGCUGUGGUUCGCGGUGCGAUUAUACUUCAAAGACUAUACAGGACAUCCAAACCCUUUGCUUUUAUUCUUCUUAAAGUUAUUUACAGAUAAUUGCCUGCCCCUUGUUUUGAGCCUGGUGGAAAUUGAAGGCCUGUGAAUGUUCUUUCCAAUUUUCUCCAAUUUUUUUUUUCCAGCUCAUGAACUGCUUUUAAGAUUUAAAACUGCAAAAAUGAUAUAUAUGUAUGAGAAAUGUUUGAGAUUAUUGAAUAAUGUUGACUUUUAAGAAUGUGUAUUGGGUUUCUCAUUUGAUCGAGAAAAGCCGCUUUUAGGCUGUAUGUUUUUAUGUAUGUAUAUUUUUAUAAACAUUGGGACCACACUGUGUUUAAUGUCUAAACCGGCAGGUCAGUAAAAAGCCCAAAAGAGGUCAUGACCAAGAGCCUGCAGGCAGAACAGGGUCACCAGUCGACCCCUUUGACUGAAAAAAGACAAAGAUAUCUCUGUGUGUGAAACUCUAACGUCACACUAAUUAACCAGGAGUCUCAAAUGUUCUCUCUGGUCAAAUGUGUCUUCGUGUUGAAUUAAAAUUGUAAUACUUUUAAUUGUUUCGUCACAUUCAGUCACAUGAGCAGGCCAACAUUUUUAUCAGAAAAAAGCAACAUACCAAAGACACUUCCCGUGUUAUUGCUAUUUCUAUGACCAUUGAGUCCGAGUGGGAAGCCAUCUAUGUUCAUCACUAUAUAUAUAGCAAGUAAUUAAAGUAGAGAUACAAAACUGAAGAAUUCCACAAUUUAAACUAAAACCCCACAUUUAAAUGAUUACUAUUACGAAUUAUUACCACUAGCAAUUACUAUAAUUUUACUAAAAUUUCUCAGUGUGUUUGCUGCAAAAUGUUAUAUUAAUAUAUUAAAGGUUUAGUAUUAGUGAUGUAAGACAUGGUUUCAUGUUUAAGCUCGUAUGAACACAUAUUACAUUUCAUAAAGUGAACAUUCGUUUUGCAUAUGGAUAUUCACUGAAACGCAGAGUCAAGC